AUGAGCACCGCCAGCCCCACUAAACCCGCCGCCGGCCCGGCCGUCAAGCCCGAGCAGCCCGGCGCCUCCGGGCCAGGCAUCGACAUCAAAAAGGAAGACGACGAGGAGGCCGCGGCCGCCGACCAUGCGCUUCUCCUGGACCCAGAGGACUACCUCGAGGAAAAUGAGUCGCUCGACAUGAACCUCGGCCGCGGCGCGCAGAAGGUCUGGUUGGUCAAGUUGCCCCGGUACUUGGCCGACCGGUGGACGGACCGGGCCAACCUCCACGGGCAGCAGUUGGGCGAGGUCAAGAUCCGGCAGAACCCGGCGGCCGCAGCAGGCCGCAAGAAACUCGAGGUCAAGCUCGUGUUGGACGAGCGCGAGCGGUCCGACGAGUACCCCCUGGAGUACAACCUCUCGAUCUUGAACACACAGGUCAAGAACUCGUACGUGUUCAGCGAGCAGAACUUGCGGCGCUUCCAGCAGGAGCGCACGGAGAUGGGCGACAUGCCGGCCGCGCCGGCGCUCCCGGACUUGGAGAAGAACGGCGUGCAGAAAACGCCGGGCAAGUUCUUCCGCGUGCAGAAGAACGGCUCCGAGGACCGCAAGUACGUGCCCUUUGUGCGCACCAUCCCCAAGAAGACGAGCCUUGCGGGCAAAAUCGUGCACGACUGCCAGGUCGUGCCGCUGAGGGGCGACUCCAAGUACUCUCAGAUGCUCAGCAGGCGCCAGCACAUUGGCCAGGAGAAGGAGCGGCCCAAGGUCACGUUUUUGACCGACAUCCCGGGCGUGGUGCAGUCGCAGGCCGGGCCGUCGCUCACGGGCAAGAGCACGUCCGUGUUCCUCAAGUCCACGACCCCCAAGAGCAAGGCCGAGGGCCGCGCCAUCCGCAUGCCCAAGAAGGACUUGUUGGACUUGCUUUUCCGUCUCUUCGAGGAGUACGAGUACUGGUCCAUGAAGGGGCUCAAGGAGCGCACGCGCCAGCCGGAGACCUACUUGAAGGAGUCGCUCGAGUCCAUUGCCAACCUCAUCAAGAAGGGGCCCUACACCUCCAAGUACAACUUGAAGCCCGAGUACAAGCGGUUGCGCGACGCGGAGCGCGCCGCACGGCUCGGCCAGGUUGCCACCAACGAGGCCGAGGACGAGAAGGACGACGACGACGACGACAUGGAGGAUAUCAUAUAG